AUGUCCGGAGAGGCAUCUGAUUCGGAACUUGGCAGCGGCAAGGUGAUGGAGCCGGGGAUGGGGGACAGGCGCCGCGUGUGCUUGUACGAGCGGUUUGUGCAGCCCUGCCUGGUGGAGCUGCUGGGUUCGACCCUCUUCAUCUUCAUUGGGUGCCUGUCGGUCAUUGAGAACGGGCCGGACACCGGCUUGCUGCAGCCAGCCCUGGCCCACGGCCUGGCUUUGGGGCUUGUCAUCGCCACCCUGGGGAAUAUCAGUGGUGGACACUUUAACCCUGCCGUGUCCCUGGCGGCCAUGAUGACCGGAGGCCUCAGUCUGCUGAUGCUCCUUCCUUACUGGGUCUCGCAGCUCUGUGGGGGGCUCCUCGGGGCCGCCCUGGCCAAGUCGGUGAGUCUGGAAGACAAGUUCUGGAAUGCCACAGGAGCGGCCUUUGUCACGGUCCAGGAGAACGAGCAGGUGGCCAGGGCACUGGGGGCGGAGAUUAUUAUGACGACGCUCCUGGCACUGGCCGUGUGCAUGGGCUGCAUCAACGGGAAGACGCAAGGUCCUCUGGCCCCAUUCUCCAUCGGCCUCUCCGUCACCGUGGACAUCCUGGCAGGGGGGACCAUAUCUGGAGCCUGCAUGAACCCUGCUCGUGCCUUUGGACCCGCUGUGAUAGCCAACUCCUGGGCCUUCCACUGGAUCUACUGGGUAGGACCACUCCUGGGUGGCCUGUUUGUAGGACUGCUCAUCAGGUUAAUCAUUGGAGAUGGGAAAAUGCGCCUAAUCCUUAAUGGACGGUGA